AUGUCCCUCCUAUGCUGCUGGGCACUACUUGUUGGCCAAUAUACUGUGCUUACUACUGCCUCUGAGCCUUUGCUGUCCCACGUUGAAGAAUACCCUCUUGAAGAAGGUGGGACGCCGUUGAUAUCAUCAGACCCUCUACAAGUAUGCAAAGAACUGUCCAGCGAUAUACUCAUCCUAGUUAACCCGAAGUCUGGUGGGAAUAAGGCUGAGGGACUGCUCACUGUGGACACUCCAUAUCAUUAUCAUGAAUGGACGGUAAACAUGAUCGACAUCAUUGCAUUGGCUAAUGGUGACACCGAAGCUUAUGCUGGUAUCGAGGCAUUGAAGAAAUCAAUUGAUAAUGGCCCACCUGAGAGGUGUGAGAAGGUUGUCAUAGCAGGUGGAGAUGGCACUGUUACUUGGGGUGUCGAUCUUAUGACUAAAGCUGGCAUCAAUCUUGAGAAGGUUGCUAUCGGUAUCAUCCCUUAUGGAACAGGGAAUGACUUUUCACAGUCACUCGGUUGGGGUAAGACUAUCGAUAGUACUCUCCCUGGUAAGGGUAACAGAGCCCUGAAUCAAUGGAUACAUCACUGGGCCGGUGCCUCGGUUCACUAUUUUGACCUCUGGCAAGUCACAGUUGAUGUCCAUCCUGGAGGUUGGUUCACUGAAGGAGCUCAAGAGCAGGUUAUUCAAACUUCAGAAGACCCGAAGCAAAAUGCUAUGAGUAUCACCAAAUCGAUGUCUAACUACUUCUCCAUCGGUGUGGAUGCUACCAUCCUUAAAGAGUUCCAGAAGAAGCGGACCAGGAGCAGAGCUGGCAAUCACCUUAUGUAUGCCCUAGCUGGACUGAAGACAUCGGUUAGACGUAGAGUUGGUACGGAGAGCUUCCUUGAUUCGGUUAAGGAUGAUGGCCACCUCCUGUUUAACGUUGCUCGUAGGAGAGGCUCUAGGAGACGCGAGAAUAUGACUCUUACCAAAAACGCCGCCACAAUUAUAUGUCUGAACACCUACACCUAUGCAGGAGGUCGACGUAUAUGGGAAGGCACGUCUGGGAAGGGAUCCGCCAUCAUAGGCUAUCAGGAUAAAACUCUGAAAGAUAAGCAGCAGGACUUUGGUGACAAGAAGCUAGAGCUGAUGAUGUACACCGAUGUCGCAUCCUUCUCGCUCGAUGCUGGCGCACGAGCUAAAUCAACGGGGAACAGACUACAUCAAACUGGAGGACCAUUGACUUUCGAAUUUAGGUCUGAUCUUGAUGCUAGGACCCCAGUAGAUUUCCAGAUAGAUGGCGAAUACACUACCGCCUUUAGCCCUAAGGCCGCUACUGUUAGUCACUACAAACGUCUCAAUGUGCUGGUCAAUCAACCGCGUCCCGGCGUAGAGGAAGUACUUGAGAAAAAGGAGAAGAAGAAACGGUUGAAUCCGCUGCUCAAACGGAGAGGUGCCCAGCGUCGUCCCAAGGCGACUACGAGUAGUGAGGAAAGCAUUGACUCUGACAACAAGCUUUGUAAGGGAUUCUUCGGGUUCAAGUUAUGCAGGCGCUGA